AUGGAAUAUAGUCCUUCUCUCCACGGUCUCCAUGUUGUGCCACCACCCCACGUGAAGAACAAAUUGUUCGUCUUCUGCAUCAUGUUGUCCCUGUGGGUCUACAUGAUCUACUGCUGCUUGGGCUACGGCUCAACCGUGCCCGGAUUCGGGUACGAGCGCGUAGGAGCGUCGCUGGUGGAACCUCCGCGCGGCGCGCGUCCCUCCCGGGACUUGCUCAACAACAACGCGGACAACGAAGUGGACAGCAGAGGGGACGAGUGGGAGGAAAACGAUUUAAACGCCGCGUCGGCUUUUCUCAAUGAGUCGGAGAGUAAAAAGUUGCCUCAGGCCAUCAUCAUCGGGGUGAAGAAAGGGGGGACGCGUGCGCUCUUGGAGUUCCUGCGGCUGCAUCCGGACGUGAGCGCCGCGGGGGCAGAGCCGCACUUCUUUGACCGCAACUACGACAAGGGACUCGACUGGUACAGGGAACUGAUGCCAAAGUCCUCUGAAGGUCAGCUGACCAUGGAGAAGACACCCAGCUACUACAUCACCAAGGAGGUCCCCUCUCGCAUCUACGCCAUGUCAAAAGCCACCAAGCUGAUCGUCGUGGUGCGAGACCCCGUGACGCGAGCCAUCUCGGACUACACGCAGACCCGCUCUAAGAAGCCCGACAUCCCGUCUUUCGAGAGCCUGACCUUUAAGAACGCAUCGUCGGGCGCCAUCGACACGUCUUGGAGCGCCCUUCAGAUCGGCAUGUACGCCAAGCACCUGGAACGUUGGCUCCAGUACUUCCCAAUGGAGCAGCUGCUGUUUGUCAGCGGCGAGCGGCUCAUCGCCGACCCCGCCGGGGAGCUGGCGCGGGUUCAGGACUUUCUCGGGCUCAGGAGAGUGGUCACCCAGAAGCAUUUUCACUUUAACCCGGCCAAGGGCUUCCCUUGUCUAAAGAGACCGGAGGGCAACAGCAAACCCCACUGCCUGGGCAAAACCAAAGGCAGAACCCAUCCGAACAUUGACCCGGAGGUAGUGCAGAGACUCCGGGAGUUUUACAAACCCUUCAACAGGAAGUUUUACCAGAUGACUGGGCAAAAUUUUGGCUGGGACUGA